UGUCAGUAUUCUGCGGGCCAGAAUGAACGUGUUGACGUAGAUGUUAGAUGGAUGGAAGAAACAGAAGCAAGCACCAGCAACAUGAACACAUGACAACGCAAUAUGAUGCUCAAGUCUCUCAUAACUACCAAAAGUUUUGAUACAAAAUCCCUCCCCGAAUCCCUCUCUCUAUCCAACUCCUUGCCCUCUUAUCCUUCAGUUCUUUUGUGUUUUCUUUCCUUUCAGUUAUCCGUUCCUCUUCUCCAUCUCGUUCUCAACGGAAGCCACGCGCGCAACACAGUAGAGGUAAGUAUCAGAAGAAUCGAUCCGAGAAAGUAUGUGGUAAUACGCUAUGUUUUGCGUCUGUCGCUUCUCUUUCAGAACACCAUUUUUGCAAUGUCUUUCCUUCCCAAUAGUCGGCGGCUCUCGUAAGACUCCAAAUCAUUAACAUUAAACAGAAAACGACGACGACCAUAGACCAGAAGAUCCGGAGCGGGAGCGGGAGCAGGGGGGCAAUCACAGGGGCAAGAUAGGGCCAAGUCAACCUGGCUGACACCAGAGACUGAUCCCAUACCUCAGACUUAUGAAUGUCAUCCCCAAGCU